AUGGCGCAGAUGCAGCGAGAAGAUGUAGAAACCGUCAUGAAGGAGACAACGGAGAAGAAAGAAUUAGACGGAGGAGGAGGCGGAUCUUCCGGCACUCAGGCGUCGUCGUUCAAGUUCAACGCUCAGGCGCCAGAAUUCGUACCGCGAUCGCAUACAACCGCACCAACAACAUCGCAGGUUUCUCCGAUCUCCGGUUACUUCUAUCCAUGCUUUCACUACAACGGAGGUUGCAUAGGAGGAUGCAGCGGCGGAGUAUGCGGCGGGGGAGGGACCGGCGUCGGUUCUCAGUCGUCGGAUUGGAUCUACGUCGGAGGAGGAGAUCCUUCUCAACAUCAACACCUUCACGAUCCGGCCGCUGCGUUUUAUAUUUCUAAUCCGGCGGUUCAGUUUCCGGCUAAUCAGAACUCGUCUUCUUCGUCGAAGAAUUUGCUCUCCGAAGAUCUCCGCCUUAAGAUCGUCAAACAGGUUGAGUAUCAGUUCACGGACAUGAGUCUGCUAGCCAACGAGUCCAUUUCAAAGCACAUAAACAAAGAUCCUGAAGGUUAUGUGCCCAUAUCAUAUAUCGCUUCGACCAAGAAGAUCAAGGCUUUGACAAGUAACCAUCACUUAGUUGCAUUGGCUCUACGCUCCUCCUCAAAGCUCGUUGUGAGUGAAGACAGCAAGAAAGUUAAGCGUAAGAGUCCAUUUACUGAUAGAGACAGAGAGGAAUUGCAGGGCCGGACUGUUGUUGCAGAGAAUUUGCCUGAUGAUCAUUCUUACCAGAACCUUGAGAAGAUCUUUGGAGUUGUUGGAAACGUCAAAGCGAUUCGUAUCUGUCAUCCUCCAGAAUCCAACUCCUCGCGACCAAAAGGCGAUUUCUUGAUGAGCAACAAAAUUCACGCCCUUAUCGAGUAUGACAAUACUGUUAUCGCGGAUAAAGCUGUGGAGAAGCUGAACGAUGAAAGAAACUGGAGGAAAGGACUUCGUGUGAGGCUGCUUCUUAGAUGCUCGCCCAAAUCAGUUCUCAAGAACAGAAGAAACUUCGAUGGCAUUCUAAUCGAUGAUGAAACCCCUUAUGAAUCAGGAGAAGACUCUCCACGUCUCCAUUUAACCGAUCAACAGCUUGAUAACGACGGUGAUGACAACAAUAUUGGUGGACUGUGGGGAAAAGGGAGAGGAAAAGGACGAGGACGAUCUCCAAGAAGCUAUGCAGUAGGAGGAGGAGGACGUAGCUUCGGGAUUGGGCUCGGACUCAGCCUCGGUUCCAUGUCACCGAGCCUGGGCCCACACGAAUCACCGUCUCCAAAGACAGCAACAAAGGGACCAAGAAUGCCAGAUGGAACCAGAGGCUUCACCAUGGGACGUGGCAAGCCUUCCAUCUCACUCUCACCCAACUAA